AACUUUUCUAAUAAUGACGAGGCCAUUUAAUACCCACUUGCAUGGAGAAUUUUGUCAACCUAUGACUAUCUUUAGAGUCUUUGAUUGAAAAAUCUCAGCUGUAUGGGUGGAACAGGUCGAUGCCAAUAUUUUAUUUUGCACCCGUCCCCCAACCCCUCACAAAUAAUCGGUUAUGGUAGUGGAAAAAAUUAUACUAUUUGCCCCAUGCACCAAAACUGCCCCUCCUGCCUUAAUCUUGUGCAGGCGCCCCUGUUCUCUGGUGAAGUACCGAAAAUCCUCGAAUUAGCCCCCUGGUGGCUUAUUUAUUUUUGAUAUUUUUGGAUGGCAAAAAUCAUUAAAUUGAGGGGUCCAAUUCGAGAAUUCGGGGGGGGCGGGCAAUUCGAGGGUUUUUGGUACAUUUUGUGGAAACAAUACUGCGAAGGAGAAGUUCUGUGGCGAAAAAGAGGCUUUUAAAAUGGCGUGUUGAAGUGGAGUGGAGUUGCACGUUUAAGAAGAAGCGAAGUCGCGUGAAUAGUUGUGCUCGAUAGCGUCAGCCUAGCUCUUUUGGAAAGAAUAAGCUACAAUAUUCAACAAACUUCAUGCAUUAUUGGCUGCCAUGUCCUUUCUGAACAAAGCUGCACAAAGCUACUACACCCAUGCACGACUUUGGUAUCUGAUUGACGCAAAAGACCAAAUAAAUGGUAGAUUGGCUGCAUUCAUAGGCCAGAUACUGCAAGGAAAGACGAAACCUAUAUUCCACCCGUCAGUUGACGUUGGCGAUAACGUUGUCGUAAUCAAUACAAAGGAUAUUGUACUCAGUGGCAAAAAGUGGGACCAAAAGCUGUACAGGCACCAUACUGGAUACCCUGGAGGGCUUGUGGAGACAUUGGCUAAAGAGCUGCACAAAAAAGACCAAACACUUAUUCUAUGGAGAGCAGUGUAUGGAAUGUUGCCUAAAAAUAAGUUCAGACCAAAAAGGAUGAAACGACUAUACUUGUUUGAAGAUGAGCAGCAUCCGUUUGCUGCUAAUAUAUUUGCAAAGUUAGAAGGACCUGCAAGAAUUCCUAAAAGACUUAGUGAAUAUACUCCAGAAGAGUUUGAAAACUAUCCAAAAUUAUUCUAGUUAGCUAGUUGUUAAAUUGUGUAUUCACUUGUAUUCUUGUAUUUUACUUUCCCACACUAGGACUG